AUGGGUUUUCAAGGUGUUGCCGAGGAAUUACUAUCCGGAUCUGGAGACGCUGUGAAGAUAAUGAAACCAAUAGUCGCGCGGGUUUCCUGGCUCCCAUCCAAUGCUACAUCGAACCCCGAAUACAUGUUUUGGUCGGAGCGGCUUUUAGCAAAGACGUGCUUGUUUGGGUGCGAGUCCGUUCUGGCCGAAGGCUCGCUGGUGAGCGAAUCCACCGUCGAAUUCACGUUGAAGUCAUUUCGGGCUUGGGCAUCGCACCCUGAAGUGAAACGAAGCGAUCCGGCGUCUACGAUGGAUACUUCUAGCGCGUCCGCCAGUCCGGACUCUAGAUUUUCAAUUUGGCGGGCUUAUCACAAUCUUCUCUCCCAAAUACUGCAGCAGAAACUACCCUACUCUGCCCCAUCAGAGGGACCAAUCCGGCCUCAACUUGCAUCUGAGUUUCGGCGCGUGGAAGCAAUAUAUGAGAAUGCCUUACUCAAAAUUGCGAAAUUUCCCAAAGCCGAUGCUUCGAACAAAGAAAUUGAGCAAUGGAUAGAGCAGGUCAUUGGAAACUGGCAGAUUCUGUGCGGAUCUGGAUGGUCUGAUGCGGAUUUCGGUGAAGGUGGACGGGAUGCGUUGUCGCGCAAUGUUCUUGACAUUCUUUACCGGGCAGCAACGAAGACUUUCCAUUCUACGUUGAUAUUACGGCGGCUUUUCCAAAUCCACUCAGCAGUAGCCGAAUUUGAUCUUGCCUUGAAAGCUCUCGAUACAUACAUCGAUCUUGUUGAAACUGCUAAAACCCGAGCCAAACAAGCAGGUAAAUCAAUGGGAGAGAUUGAGGAUGAUGACACUUUCGUUCGCACCUUGUCAGAGGGAAUCAUGUUAGUGUGCUGCUUUGGUACUUAUCCAAAGGCCGAAAAAGCAAAGCAGUUGACCGAUCUGCUUGAAAUAACGCUAACUGAAGAGAACGGCGACAAGUGUCCCUCUUCACAGUCGAAUGGGACUAGCUCGCCAAAAAACACCCGAUUUGCGCCAGGGACGCUUGCGAUUGCAUACCGGGCUGUUGGGAUUGGAUUAGCAAAUUGGUCUAGAUGGACAGCCGUAACGGAAUCUCGACGUGACUUCCAAGCCUCAGCUAUAUCGUCCUUGGAAGCAUCUUUGUCAGAGGAUCUCGGCCAGGACAUGAAUCCAGCUUCUAUUUUUGCAUUGGGCUUAGUCCUUGCAGAGACUAGGGAUUUGGACAGCGCUAUCGAUCGUGUUCGACUUGCGUUAAGCUCGGCAGACGUAAUGGGGUAUGGGAUUCAGGGCUCAGGGCUACUGUCGUAUACUGGCGAGAGAGAUCUUGUGUCUUUAUGGCAUUUGCUUGCCCUUCUCCUAAGUGCUCGGGAGGAGUUUGAGACAGCAAGUCACGUUUGUGAGGCAGUACUUGACACUGUGACAAUUGGAGGUACUCAAGGCAAAAGGUUACAGUUGGCUUCCUUGUCAACAGACACUGAACACAGCCAUAACAACGCGGCAUUUGAGGAUAUGGAGAUUCGCAAGAAAGAAAGCAUCCUUGAGUUACGAAUGACGCAGCUUUCCCUGAUCGAGGUCUUACACGGACCUGAAGCCGCUGUUAACCAUGCUGAAGAGCUACUUGCCCUCUUUCGUCGCCUAUUCGAAAGCAUAGGCUUUCCGGAGCCAGAGAAACAAGGAACGGAGCACCUUUCCCCUCCGAAAACCUCAGGCGGAGUCCGCAGCUUUCGGGGAAGUUUGUUUGGUCGAAAAAAGCCGCAUAGGGAGGACCAUGAGUAUGACUUUGGUAUGGAUGGCAGUGCUACACCCAGGAUACCAUCAGUUUCGGAGCUCUCGGUGGAUGGUCCGCCUCCAGCGAUUCAAGUCACCGACGAAAACAUCAACGGGCCGAAGGAGAGGCCUCAGACUGCCGGGACUAGAAGGGGUUCCCUUCGUCGCAAAGAUGGCCGUCAACCGCAAAAGUUGCACAAGAGGGAGGGUAGUAUUACCAAGGCUAUCCGCCACAGAAGCUCGGAAAGACCCUCGAGACCGCAACCUCACACACACCUAUCCCAAACCGAUAUAGCACAAAUAGGGACUCAGGAAACAGCAACCCCAGUUCCCUAUAUGCAAUUGCCAGAGGUUGAUCGGAACGGUUUGAUAUCUGGGAAACAGAGUUUACCUCCAGUUGCUCACAAUAUGAAACAUACUAAAGAGCCGCAACCUGUCGGUCACACCCAGCAGCCUCCACAACAAGAUGUCCGGCUUCCAACUGUUGGUCGCUAUAAUGCGCCGGAGAAAACUCUGACGAGGUUCCCUAAACUUCACAUUCAAAAACAAGCAAUUUGUCUUUUAACUAAAAUUUGGCUUUUCGUGGCUGGACUUUAUAGGCGGGCUAAAUUGUUCGAAGACGCACUAGGAUGUUGGAAUGAAGCUAAGCAGCAGGCGCAGCAUUUCGAAGAGCUCGUUGCUAAACAAGAAUCUUCUGCGAAAGCGUUUGCCGAUCCUGGUUGGGGAGGGGCCCGGUCCUCAGAUGAAGUAUGGGGUGAUGUUUAUGCCGAACGAGGGUGCAUAUCCAAAACUCAAGGGCAGCCUUUCGAGGCCAUGACGCAGUUCGAGGAGGCACUUAUAUACUUUCCGGACCAUAUACAAGCAACAGUCGGAUUAGCUGAUCUCUUGCUGGAUAUCUGGGAGCAAAAACUACCUACACAAAAGCCGGAUGCCACUGGUCUUCCUAAUAUCUCCGAUCUCUCGAUUUCACCACGCGAAGAAUUGUCGUGCCAUGGAAAGGAUAUCGCUGAGGGGGCAUCCUAUGCACCUGCACCUUCAAACAAGGACUCACCAGAGUACCUCGACCGCCUCGCCGCACGAGAUCGGGCGUAUGGUCUUUUAUCUGCAUUGACCAAGUUGGGAACCGCGUGGGAUAAUUCAGAGGCUUGGUUUUCUUUAUCACGGGCUUACGAACAUGGGAACCAGAUUGAUAAGGCUAAGGAAGUCCUUUGGUGGUGUAUCGACCUGGAGGACAGACGACCGGUUCGGCACUGGUGGAAUGUUGGAUCCGGGGGUUAUGUUCUAUAA